AUGAAAUAAUUAAAUAAUAAAUACAAACAAUAACUCUUACCCUUAAAAUUAACAAAUCAUAUCACUCCAUAAUUUAAGUUGAAUCCAUAUUAAAAUUCAUUAUCACCUAUAACACUAAGAAAACCACUCUUUAGUUUACAUGAAAAAGCUUCAGCUAGAUCAAUCAAAAAAUAGUAACAUCAUUCUCCUCCUAUUACACAGAAAAACACUUUAUAGAUAGAAAAAUAUGGUUUGGAUUCUAAUUUUGAAUAUAUUCUUAAAUUUGCAGUCAGAACAAGAUAAGGAAUUUAAAUUGGGAAUCCAAAUAAAUAGAAUUAAGAUUCCUUUAUAAUAUUUCCUAACAUAGCUAAUAAAUCAUAUAUGCAUUUUUUUUUCAUUUGUGAUGGUCAUGGAAUAAAUGGACAUCAUAUCUCAAAUUUCCUUAAAUAAUAAUUCCCAAUUUAUAUCACUAAAUUCAAGAAUCAAUUAGAAAUCAAGUAUAUAUAUAUUAAACAUAACUUAAAUUAGUCCUUAUGCUACAAUAUACACAAUAUUUGCUUAAGUAAUUAAAGCUUUAGAUUAAUCAUCUAUUGAUCAAUAAUAUUCUGGAUCUACUGUUGUUGGUUUAUUCAUGUUACAUAAUAAAGUAUAUUAAUAAUUUAAUAAAGAUUUAUUGUCCAAAUUUAGGUGAUUCAAGAGCAGUUAUGUUAUGUAGAACAAAUAAAUGGUUUCUUAAGAAUCUAUCACGAGAUCAUAAACCAGAUUGUUAAGAUGAAUGUGAACGUAUAAUAAAUCAUGGUGGCAGAAUUGAUCCUUAUAAAGAUUAAAAUGGUUAAGCAUAUGGACCAUUAAGAGUAUGGAAUAAUGCAAAUGUACCAGGAUUGGCUAUGACAAGAUCUAUAGGUGAUUAAGUGGCUAAAACAGUUGGAGUCAUUGAUAAACCAGAAAUCUUCAAUUUUAUUCUAGAAAAAAUGGAUAGAGUUAUCCUAUUAGGAUCUGAUGGAGUGUUUGAAUUUCUUUCUUAAUAAGACAUUUUAGAUUCUGUUACUCCUUAUGUUGAUAGAAUGGAUGUUGAAACAGCUUGUAAUCACUUAUUAGAAAUGGCUCAUGUAAGUUGGGUACAAAGAGGAAAUAAAGUGAUUGAUGAUAUUACUUUUAUAUUGAUAUUUAUGUAAUAUUGAAUGAGUUUAGUUUAAAAUAUAUUAAAUGUAAUAAUUUUGUUUUCCAAUAUCUGAAAAUAUACUUAUACCUUCUAUCAUUUUUAUUGCUCUUAUUACUCUAAUAUCUAUAAGAUGUCUUAUAUAAAUUUAUAACUAAAGGAAAUGGAAUCCUAUUUAAGAAUUAUCACCAUUAUUGACAAUAUUUCAAGGAUUAUCACUUUAUCUAUUUAUACUCAUAACCUUAUUUGUAAUAUUAUAUGAUGAUAGUCAGAGUAAUUUUCAUACCAUUAAAAUUUUGAUGAUCUUUUAAAACUUUUUUAGAGGACUCUUUGUAUAUAUAACAGUAUUAAAAUCAUUAAGAGUGGCUCUAGCAUUUCAUGUAAAUUUCAAGUCAUCUUUCUUCUUAAAAUAUUUAUGUACAAAACUACUUAGAGAUUAGUUUCGUAUUUUAAUUAUAGCAGUUUUCAUAACCUCUGCAUUUUGGUCAGGAAUUUAUUAUAUUGUAAAACUUUAUAAUAAUAAUGUAACUCAUAUUUACUAAGACUAUAUUAGUGAUCUCAUUCAAUAUGAAGAAAUAAAUAUAGUAGAAGCAAUUAAUAAUACAUUAGAAGUAACAUUAUGCAUGUUGAUUAUAUAUUGGAAUUCCAAAAUUUAUAUACCAUAAUUUGAUACACUACAAAAAUUUGUCAAUAAACCAUUAAUUCUUUAUGCUAUAUGGUUAUACAUUAAUACUUUUAUCAGUUAUUUUAUAAAUGAAAAAGAUUGUAAAAUUUACAGUGGAUCUACUAGUUUUUCACUUCCUUUAAUCAUAAUGCUUAUAUCAUAAAUAUUAAGAAGCAUAGUAGAAUUUUAUUUAAUUAUAUAUGUACCCAUAUAAUAAAGUACAUUAAUUAGAUUACCAUUAAUACCAUCUAUUAUUUUAGAUAAUUUUCAAUUAUUUAUGAGAAUUCCACUUUGUAGUACUAUAUUUUAUAAAUACUUAUAAAAAUUAUCAUAGAAUAACAUUAUUAAUUCUAAAGAGAAAUGUAUGGAAUACUAAGAUAAUUUAUAGGUACUUAAGGUAUGGAUGGUUUAUUAAAUGAAAUUAGAAAAUGGAAUUGGAGAUGAUCAUUUCACACUUUUAAUGAAUUUGGACAAAUAAUAGAAUGAAACUUAAUUUGAUUUUAAUUAUUAACCAUAAAUAUAAGUUAGAUUAGAAAAGCAUUUGAUGUAAUUGUUUGAAGAGUAUAAGAAUACAUAAUCAUAUUUUAAAUUGAAGAAAUUAUUUCAUUGUCUUGAUAAUGCUACUAAGAAUUUUUAUGAAAUGAAUAUAAUCUAAAAUUUUUUAAACUGA